AUGUCACCUGGAGAAAAACUGGACCCACUUCCUGACCCCUUCAUCCUGCAGCCGCCAGUCUUCCACCCGGUGCUUCCUUAUGUCACGACAAUUUUCGGUGGCCUGCGUGCAGGCAAGAUGGUCAUGCUACAGGGAGCGGUCCCUCUAGAGGCACGCAGGUUCCAGGUGGACUUUCAGUGCGGCUGCAGCCUGCAUCCCCGGCCGGAUAUCGCCAUCCACUUCAACCCUCGCUUCCACACCACCAAGCCCCACGUCAUCUGCAACACCCUGCACUUGGAGCGCUGGCAAGCUGAGGCCCGGUGGCCCCACCUGCCCCUGCAGAGAGGAGCCUACUUCCUCAUCCUCUUUCUCUUUGGAAACGAGGAAAUGAAGGUGAGUGUGAACGGACAACACUUUCUUCAUUACUGCUACCGGCUCCCGCUGUCCCGUGUGGACACCCUGGCCAUAUUUGGUGACAUCCAGGUGGAGGCCGUUGGAUUCCUGAACAUCAACCCAUUUGCGGAGGGCAGCAGCGAGUAUCCGGCUGGAUACCCUUUCCUGCUGAAGAGCCCCAGCCUGGAGGUGCCCUGCUCGCGUGCCCUUCCCCGGGGUCUCUGGCCCGGACAGGUCAUCGUACUGCGGGGGCUGGUCUUGCCGGAGCCAAAGGACUUCACACUGAGCCUGCGGGACGAGGCUGCCCACGUGCCUGUGACGCUCAGGGCUUCCUUCGAAGACCGGACUCUGGCCUGGAUCUCGCCCUGGGGGGGCAAGAAGCUGAUCUCGGCCCCCUUCCUCUUCUACCCGCAGCGAUUCUUCGAGGUGCUGCUCCUGUGCCAGGAGGGCGGGCUGAAGCUGGCGCUCAACGGGCUGGGCCUGGGAGCCACCAGCCUGCGCCAGCAGGCCCUGGAGCGGCUGCGGGAGCUCCGGAUCAGUGGCAGCAUCCAGCUCUACUGUGUCCACUACUGA